UUGGAAAACACAUGCAAACAUUUAGUUUUCAGUUCAAGUAUAGAAGGCAAAAGACGGGCAGCAAUGAGAGGACUAGUUCUGACUGUCUUCUGCGCUCUAAUUUGGGUAAAGGCAGUUCUUUGUCUUACAGAGGAUCCAUGCAUAGUGGAUACCAAAAAUGUUAAGGGCACCAUUUCAGGACUCCUUACGGGACCUCCUGGGGGCCCAGGACAAAAAGGAGCACCUGGAUCUUUGGGAUCAAGAGGGAAGCAAGGAGAUAAAGGACCACGUGGCAAUCCUGGUGCUCUAGGACUCAAAGGUGAUGAUGGUGCACCAGGAGCUCCUGGACUUGCUGGAGAGCCUGGACUCAAAGGAGAUGAUGGAGAGCAAGGAUUAAAAGGACCAAAAGGGAUUAAAGGUGAUCCAUUUCGCGUUGUCAGAGUUGGUACAGAUAAAGCAACAGGUCCAAAGAACUGUCAGGAGGUCCAAGAUCAGGGAGAAUUCCUCAGCGGCUGGUACACCAUAUACCCAGAUGGCAAGACUCCUUUAAGAGUUAUGUGUGAUUUAGAAACAGAUGGUGGAGGAUGGAUUGUCUUCCAAAAGCGUGUAGAUGGUUCUGUGGAUUUCUACCGUGACUGGAUAUCUUACCGCAGAGGAUUUGGUGAUCAAUACGGGUUUUGGCUUGGAAAUGACAAUAUUCAUGAUCUUACUUCUGAAGGUAACUUUGACCUUCGAGUUGAUUUAGAAGAUUUUAGGGACAGUCGUGCUUAUGCCACAUACAGUGGUUUCUACAUCGAUGGGGAGAAGGAGCAAUAUACACUUCAUAUAGACAAGCAUAUUGGGGGCAAUGCAGGGAACUCACUGAUGUUUCACAACAACAUGAAAUUUUCCACCAAGGACCAAGACAAUGAUAUGCGUGAGGGCUCCAGCUGUGCUGAGUUACAUCAUGGCGCCUGGUGGUUUGAGUCCUGCGUCUUAUCAUCACUGAACGGGAAAUAUCUGGGAAGUCAAAGUAAAGAAAAAGAUGGAAUUGUUUGGGCAUCCUUCCGAGGGUUCGCUUCACUCAAAUCUUCGGAAAUGAAAUUUCGACCUGCAUCAUGACACAAAAUGCUAGCGACAUAAAUUGGAGUAACAGAAAGAUGACUACAACUCUUGAUGAGAAUUAUCACUGUGAUGUGACAUUAUCAUUUCUCUACGAUGAUAGACUGACACAAAAUAACAACUGUCUAGUUGUAUUAGAAGUGACAGAAAAAUACGCUAUAAAAAUAAAAUUACACCUAACUUCCUCUCUGUAUGUGCAGUCCUAAUCCGAGCCCACAUCAGCAAAUCAUUAACGUAUAUAAUAUUAUAUAUACCUGACCAUCUAUCUGAUCACAAUGACUGUUCAUUCACUUUACUCCCAUAUCGCUGUCAUUCUUUUUUCUUUAUUAGUUAAUAGUCGCUGUUGGUUAAUAAGGUCCAAGUAGAUUGUUUUGCAUUUUCCAUAAUAAAUAGCUGUUGUCACA